CUAUCUAUCUAUCUUCUUCUCUUAAUUCAAUUUCAGUCUUCACACUCCAUUCCCAAGGCAAACCCUAAUUCUCAGAUUCAAUAACGAAUCAUCUUCGUGUUGCUUUUUUUUUUAAUUCCAGAUCUGUACCUUACCUUAUCUCCGAUGGAAUCGCUGGUUUUGAAGAAUGUUAAACCGGGGACUCCGGUUAAGGAUCGGAGCAAGUCUCACCUGGAGAACGCAAACCCUAACGUCUCUCACGCGGCGGCGAAGUCUCCGCUCGCGAAAUCAUCAGCAUCAUCGCCGCUCGUUAAAUCUGCUAAUCCGAAGCGAUCGGCGCAGAAGAAGAACCAGAGUCCGAAUCCGAAUCCGAAUGCUAAGCCUAGCCAGGCGGUUUUCUCUCCGAGGAAUCGGAUCAGGGAGAGGAGGUUCGUGGUUGUGGCGAAGAAGAAGAAUUCGAAGAAAGAGAAGAAGGAUCACCAAUCGCCUACGGAGGAGGAGGAGGAGUCUAGUGUUGCUGAGAUUGAUUGUAAAUGCGGAGAGAGGAAGAAGGGGAAUCUGAAGUGCGUUUGCGUUGCGUACGAGACGCUGCGUGCUUCUCAAGAGGAGUUUCUUCUCAAGAAACGAAGUGAGUCCGAGGAGGAGGUAAAGGAGGAAAGCUGUAAUCUCGGAGAAGGAGAAGAGUCGGUGGAGCCGGAGGUGAUAGGCGGUUUGAAGAGGACGAGGGGUAAAGUGGUGGAGGAGUCACGGCGUAGUGUGCCUGAAUCUGGUAAAGUGAUGAAUCUCGUAGAAGCAUUUGAGAAACUCACUUGCUUCAGUACCAACAAGGAAGAAGAGGAGAAAACCGUUGGGGAUGUGAAGCAGACGGUGAAGUUGGAACUGUGUGGAAUGAGACAUCAAUCUAAGUUCUCUGAGGGAGAGAAAGAGACAGGACACACAUGGAGUUCGUUUUGUCCAAAUGAAUUGGUCUUGACAGCUGAGAGUCUCGGGUUAGACCCCAAUGCCUCGGUCUCGUCGUCCUGGGACAGCAGCCACAAAAGUGUUAUGAGUGGGUUGUCAAAUGCUGGCAGGAGAAGCAGAAGAAAUUGUUUCUGUGUGUGGCAGAGCUUGGACUCAACGACUACAAUGGGAAGCAGAAAAUCGAAGAAGAAGCAGGUUAAGGUUACUUCAUUGAAGCCUUUCAAUCUUAGAACCGAGCAAAGAGGUAGGGUCAAAGAGGAAGAGUUUGCAAGGAAGCUCCAAGAAAUAACAAUGGUGGAAGAAAAGAUGAGAAUCCCCAUUGCUCAAGGUCUUCCAUGGACAACCGAUGAACCUGAGUGUCUGGUUAAGCCUCAUGUGAAAGAUAUUACAAUACCAGUUGACUUGACGCUCCACUCAGAUGUCCGGGCUGUAGAACGCGCAGAAUUUGAUCAGCAGAUUGCCGAGAGGAUGAGUUUCAUGGAGCAAUACAAAAUGGAAAGAGAGAGAGAACAGAAGCUGGCGGAGGAAGAAGAGAUAAGAAGGCUGAGGAAAGAAUUGGUUCCAAAGGCGCAACCAAUGCCAUACUUUGAUCGACCAUUCAUUCCAAGAAGGUCGAGCAAACAUCCAACUGCGCCACGAGAUCCCAAGUUUCACAUACCGCAACACAAAAAGAUCAGAUGCUGCAGUUCAUCUUCUUGUAGCGAAACUGCCUCUUACAUGAGCGAUUUCAGUUACCAGUUUCUCUAGUUUCUGGUUACACUUUUGUUGGUUAUGGUUCUUUCUUUAGAACUGAUGUGUAUGUUUCUAAAAUAAAGUCGAUAAAAUUAUUCAUCUUUGUGUACCAUAUACCUCGUUUGAUGUGAAGAAUACCAACCAACGAUCAAAGAUCCAUUCCUCCCCAA